AUGAAACUGUUGACUUUCUUAGCGGAUGCGGCUUACACAAAUCCGGUUGUGGAAUAUUUAAACCCUACAUUUCCGAGUAGUGAAGGUUUAUGUGAACAAGACCACGAAUCCCUGUGCUGCGCGGGUCUCUUAAGGCAUUCUUGUCUUCUUUCUUUUCUUUUUACUUCUUUCCUACUUUUUCUUUUUUCUCCUCCCCUUUUUUUCCCCUUUCAUUUCCUUUUUCUUUACCUUUUUCUUUCCAUUUCUAAUUUCUGUCCCUUUCAUUUCUUCUUUCUUUUUUUUUUUCUUUCUUUUUCAUUUUGCCUACCUUCUUUCUUUCUUUCUUUCUUUUCUUUCUUUCUUUCUUUCAUUUCUAAUUUCUGUCUCUUCCCGCAUUCUUUUCUUCUUUCUUUUUUUUUACUUCUUUCCUUUUUCAUUUCUGCCUACCUUCUUCCCUUUGCUUUCUUUCUUUCUUUCUUUCUUUCUUUCUUUCUUUCAUUUCUAAUUUCUGUCUCUUCCCGCAUUCUUGUCUUCUUUCUUUUCUUUUUACUUCUUUCCUUUUUCAUUUCUGCCUCCGUUCCUCCCUGCUUUCUUUCUUUCUUUCCUCCCUCCUUCCUUUCAUUUGUUUCUUUCUUUUUUUCUUUCUUUCUUUCUUUCAUUUCUAAUUCCUGCCUCUUCCGGCAUUCCUGUCUUCUUUCUUUUCUUUUUACUUCUUUCCUUUUUCAUUUCUGCCACCCUUUUUCCCUACUUCCUUUUCUUCCUUUCUCCCUCCUUCCUUUCAUUUCUUUCUUUCUUUCAUUUCUAAUUCAUGUUCUUCCCGCAUUCUUUUCUUCUUUCUUUUUUACUUCUUUCCUUUUUCAUUUCUGUCUACCUUCUUCCCUGCUUCCUUUUCUUCCUUCCUCCCUCGUUCCUUUCUUUCAUUUCUUUCUUUCUUUCUUUCUUUCUUUCUUUUUUCUUUCAUUUUUAAUUCCUGUCUCUUCCCGCAUUCUUUUCUUUUUUCUUUUUCUUUACUUCUUUCCUUUUUCAUUUCUACCUCCCUUCUUCCCUGCUUUCUUUCUUUCUUUCUUUCCUUCCUCCCUCCUUCCUUUCCUUUCUUUCUUUAUUUCUUUCUUCCUCCCUUCCUUCCUCAUUAUCAUCAAUAUCAUCAUAAUCUAUUCAUCUUUCUCAUUCGUUUCGGUAAAUUCCGUUCCAUUUACCUCUUUUCUUUCAAAUCAGCAACUUAAAUCUUAA